AUGGCAGAGGCAUUAACAGAAGCUCAGAUUUCUGAGUUCCAGGAAGCCUUUUGUCUAAUUGACAAGGAUUCAGAUGGCCUAAUUUCCUUGGAAGAACUAGCGACGGUGAUCCAAUCACUGGACGAGCAUCCCACAAAAGAAGAAAUCCAAGACAUGAUCAAUGAGGUUGGUGCUGAGGGAAAUGGGACAAUAGAUUGUGAAGAGUUCUUGAAUAUUAUGGCAAGAAAGAUGAAGGAAAAUGUUGCUGAGGAGCUGAAAGAAGCCUUCAAAGUAUUUGACAGAGACCAAGAUGGCUAUAUUUCAGCCUAUGAGUUGAGGCAAGUUAUGAUAAACUUGGGAGAAAGAUUGAGUGAUGAGGAGGCUGAGCAAAUGAUCAGAGAGGCUGAUGUAGAUGGUGAUGGUCUUGUUAGCUAUGAAGAAUUUGCAAGGAUAAUGAUGCUCAGUUGA